AAAGAAAUUUUUGUAUGUUUUCAUAUAUACCUUCCUCUCAUCUCUGGCGUUUACUUUGAUUAGUCAAAGUCUUCCCCAUUCACUCUAUCCAUAACCCUCUUUGAUUAUAUAUUAUAUUAUUGUUAUUUAUUUAGGAACUAAUUAAAUAUACUAAUAAGCUCACAAAUUAUAUGAUAAUGGUGGAACCAUCAUCAUCGUCAUCUUCUUCUUCCUUCACAUGGAAUUGGAUCUACGACGUUUUCCUCAGUUUCAGAGGAGAAGAUACUAGAAACGGUUUCACCAGUAAUCUCUACCAUGCACUGGAUCAAAAGGGGAUCCACACCUUCAUUGAUGAUGAGGAGCUUCAAAAGGGGGAAGAAAUUACUCCAGCACUUGUGAAGGCUAUUCAAGAAUCUAGGAUCGCCAUCGUUGUGUUCUCUAAGAACUAUGCAUCAUCUGCUUUCUGUUUGGACGAGCUUGCAAAGAUUCUUGAGCUGUUGAAACUUGAAGGAAGAUUGGUUUGGCCAAUCUUUUAUGAUGUGGAUCCAUCAGAUGUUCGCCAUCAGAAAGGUAGCUAUGCGGAGGCAUUAGCAAAACAUGAAGAACGGUUCCAGAAUGAUGACAAUGGCAAGGUACAAAAAUGGAGGAAUGCUCUACGUGAAGCAGCUAAUUUGUCCGGUUCACAUUUCAAACCAGGGUCUCAACAGGAAUACAAGUUUAUUGAAAACAUUGUUAGUGACAUCUCCAAAAAGCUGAAUUACACUCCCUUACAUGUUGCUGACAACCCGGUUGGCCUGGAAUCACCAGUGCUAGAAGUGAAGUCUCUGCUACAACUUGGGUCUAAUAAUGCUGAAGAUGGAGUACACAUAGUUGGGAUUUGUGGAAGUGGGGGAAUAGGUAAAACAACACUUGCAAGAGCUCUGUAUAACUCUGUUGCUGAUCAAUUUGAUGGUUUGUGUUUUCUUGCUGAUGUUAGAGAAAAUGCAAUCAACAAGAAUCAUGGUCUUGCACAACUCCAAGAGACACUUCUUUCUGAAGUUCUUGAUGAGAGUAAUAUAAGAAUAAGAGAUGUCAACAGAGGGAUUCCAAUGAUAAAAAGGAGGCUUCAACAAAAGAAGAUUCUUUUGAUUCUUGAUGAUGUUGAUGACUUAACCCAGUUAAGGGCUAUUGCCGGAGGCGAUGAUUGGUUCGGUUCAGGUAGUCGGAUAAUUAUCACUUCUAGGGACAAACAUUUGUUAGAAGCACAAUAUGGGAUGAAUCCAAACAAGAUUUAUGAGGUCAAAGAGUUAAACAAAAAAGAAGCUCUUGAAUUGUUCUGUUGGAAGGCCUUUAGAAGCAACAAAGUUAAGUCAGGGUAUGAAGAUAUUUCAAACCGUGUUCUUUCUUAUGCUGGUGGUGUUCCUUUGGCUUUGGAAGUAAUAGGCUCUAACUUGUAUAACAAGAGCAUAGAUCAAUGGAGCUCUGCAUUAGAUAAGUACAAAAAAAUUCCCAUUAAGAAGAUUCAAGAAGUGCUCGAGGUAAGUUAUGAUGGAUUACAUGAAGAUGAGAAGAGUAUUUUUCUUGAUAUAGCUUGUUUCUUCAACAAGGAAAAGAUAUCAUAUGUGAAGCAAAUGCUACAUGUCCGUGGUUUCCACCCUGAAGAUGGUAUUGACGUUUUGAUUGACAGAUCUUUGAUGAAGAUUGACAAGAAUAAUAAUUGUGUGAGAAUGCAUGAUUUGAUUCAAGAUAUGGGUAGAGAAAUUGUUAGAAGGGAAUCAACUUCUAAGCCUGGCAAACGUUCUAGACUAUGGAAUGAUGAGGACAUUGUUCAUGUUCUAGAAAAUGACAUGGGAAGUGAUAGAGUUGAAGUCAUAAUUUUGCACUCAAGCAAGCGUAGAGUGAAUUGGAAUGGAAAAGCAUUCAAGAAAAUGAGGAAUCUCAAAGUUCUCAUAUUCUGGGAUGUACAUUUUUCAGUUGGUCCUGAUCAUCUGCCAAACAGUUUAAGAGUGUUGGAGUGGGAUGGAUAUCCAUCACCAUCAUUACCCUCUGAUUUUCAUCCCACUAAACUCUUCAUACUCAAUUUGAGCAACAGUUCUCUCAAACUGGACAAUCCACUCAAGAAUUUCAAUUCCUUGAGUUUCAUGGAUUUUGGAGAGUGUGAAUUCUUGACAGAAGUACCUGACCUUUCAGGAGUCCCAAAUCUAGGAGCACUGUGUCUUGAUAACUGCUCCAAUUUAGUUAAAGUCCACAGCUCAGUUGGAUUUCUGGAGAAAUUGAUUUUGCUGAGUGUUCAACGAUGCACCAAGCUCCGCACUCUCGUAGACGAAAUCAAUCUUCCAUCUCUUGAGACUCUGGACCUCAGUGGCUGCACAAGCCUUGUGUGCUUCCCAGAAAUUGUAGCAACUAUGGAAAACAUUCGAGUAAUUUACUUAGACAGCACCGCCAUAGAUGAUUUACCACUCACCAUGUUCAAUCUUGUUAGCCUGGAGCGCUUGUAUCUCAGGAACUGCACAGAUCUGAAAACUCUUCAAGGCUGCAUUCGCUUGUUACCUAAACUCGAGGUCGUUAUUUUUCCGAAUCAAAGAGGAUUUCGAUUGAAUUCCGUGGUACACGGAUUCCAGCAACAGAUAUCGUCAGAGUUCAUGAUUCACCGCGGUCCUCGUCCUCUGGUUCCAAUUUGGGAAGCUUAUUGCACAGUCUCCAGUGAUUUGAAUCUCAUCCGAUUAUAUCACCCUUGGCGCCGCCAUGUUUCGCCGGAAGAAGAACGCGGCGCCAGAUCUGAGGGUGCAUCGAGUGUGAGCUUCUGGUACCGGAGAAAACUCCCGGGGGUAAUCAGCGCGUUGUUUACGACUGAAACAACGGACAUUGACGCCUUUGGCUCUGUUCUAGAGUUUAGGGUUCUUGUGUUGGUGAAUCGCAGUUACAUGUUCUCUUCGUCGAGUGUUUACGUAAUCUCUGAGACAAGAACGAGACAGCCAUUACUGGUGAAUGUAAUUCUCGGCACACUUCAAGGCCACGGCGAGCGAUAUGUUUUCAGAUCGGAGUCGGAAUCGGAGAAUGGAUGGAAUCUGGUGCAGAUUGUUGGCGAGAUGUAUUUUCACAGGCCGUGUACGGAGGGGGAGGGGAAGAGCACGGCGGUGGGAGCAGUUAUGAAACGGAGCAGCCUUCUUUUUGACAGGGAAUAUUGUUGCAUGGAGGAUAUUCGAUAUUCAAACGGUGACACGUGUGAAAGUGAUGCCCUUGAGUCACCAAGAGAUAUGAUUAUGCGUGAUCCUGGGGAUGAUGAUAAUGCUACCGGUGUUGAUCGUAAUUUGAUUAAAGUUAGCUUACCAAAUAUGUUAUGGUUCAUGCGGCGUAUGGCCCCUCUCUGAAUAUGGCACCACAUCUAAUUCUUGUUAUAAAAUACAUUUAUAUACCAAGUACUCUUCAUCCGUAUAAAAAUAAGCAUUAGUUGUUA